AUGAAUAGAUUCGCUUUUCGUCGUACUUUUAGUAUUGUUCCACUUGUUCAGCGGAGGUCAUUCGUUUCGACUUUCAUUCGAAACCAAGGACUUUCGUUUGUGAAUCCUUCGGAUGCAACCAAAGACGCCAAUAAUGACGGUGAUCUGCUUCAAGUUGCUACCAAACGCCUAGAGAGUGCCGGAUUUUCGCAUCAGAAGGCAGCGACAUUAGCAUUUUUACUGCAAAAUGCUGCUUCUCAAACAUUAACGGAAAUCGGUGAACAAGUCGGUUCCCGGGAAAAGCAAGAAGAAAUUACGUUUCAACAAAAGAAAUUGUUUAUUCAACUACGAAAGUACUUGGAAGGACUGGAGAACGAACAGUUCAGCACUAUCCGUGAAAAAACAGAACAACUGAAAACAGAUACCAACAAUGUACAAAGCAUGGCACGCGAACGAGCCAAGAAAGCUUUAGCAGAGAUUCGGCUUGAUUUGAAUUUGGAAAAGGGCCGUAUGAAAGACAGCGUCACCUCACGUACGAACUCUGUUCAAGAAAUCACGGACCAGAUGGAUUUUGAAAUUCAACAACUUAAUGCAGAACUCGCCUCACUAAAAAAACAAACAACUGAAUGGCUCAGAAAGGCACUUAAGUGGUUUCUACCACAGCCGAAAUCCAAAAAUGCGAAAAGCAAGUAA